GCCUUUUAAUCAUGGAUUUGCUGAAGUAAAACCUAUACGGGAUAUCCUUCGGCGGCACAAAAUCUAGAUUGAACACAAUUGUAAACUUAAACUAACAACAUGGAUAAAACAUUAUUCGGGUUUUUUAUUAUGUAUACAUGUACAGGUACAGUCCUCUGUGGAGAAUACUGUUUCACGGCGAUCUCACCUGUUGAAUACUGUCCGAAACUCUGCUGCGAUCAGUCAUAUAGCUACUAUGAUUAUUGCUGCACGUCACAGGAGUUCAAUUACAGCUACAUCGCCCCUAUUGUCAUCGGUGCGGUCAUUUUCAUCGCUGUCAUCGUCACUGUCUGUGUGUGCUGCUGUGUCAAGAGCGCAAAUGGCAUGACGCGUUAUCAGUCUUGGUCAACCAGGCGCGUAGGGGGAACAGCAAUAGCGGUGGCGGUUAAUCAACAGUCUGCGAUGAACAACUUGUAUUACCCAAAUCAACAGUACCAGCAAGCUUAUCCCAUGUACCAGCAACCGUACCCCACGGGCCAACAACCCUACCCCACGGGUCAACAACCAUACGGCUUAGGUCCGCAGUUCGGCGUACCUCAAGCCCCCAUGCACGCCGGACCUCAUCCUGCCAUACAGCCGGGAGUUGCUCAGCCGGCCUAUCCACCUCCGUCAUCGAUUAGCCACUUCCAGGGACCUUAGGAUCCAAGCUGUCCGCCAAAAUGCUUAAUGUAUAGGGUCAGCCCCAAAGAGUUUUUGCAGUGAGAACAGAAUACCAUUUUUUGCGAUGGCGAAAUGGGAUAUGUUUUGUUUUUGUUUCUAUAUUUAUAUGGUUGGGAAAAAAUAUCGCUUCAUGCACGUGAACAGUUUAUUUAUGGGAUAUAUGUCCCUUCGGAUAAAAUUUCUGGAGCAAUUGAAUUCCUAUAUUCUCAAAUUUUUAUUCAUAUAAUAUUUACACACAUAAAUGUUUUAAUUAUCGUUGGUUUGACGAUUCUGAAACGUGACAUGUUUUGUAUUCGUAUUGUCUCUAGGGUUUGCAAUCAUUCCGCUAAUCGCAGGUAAACAAUUCAUUUUGUUUAGGAUGUAAAUAAUUUAAUUUUAAUAUGGAUUAUUAUUGAUAGUAACGUUUAUAUGUAAAGAGACAGGUUGUAUUUGAUUUUAUAUACAAACAAUCGGAAGUGAAAACUAAAUUUUUAGAAAUUGGACCAGCAACGAAAGGUAAAGGUGUUGAAUCUUCUAGACUGGAUUUAAUAUUAUCUUUUUAAUCUCAUCCUGUAAUGCCAAAUGAAAUUGUUCUUAUAUCCUGUGUUGUUAUAUAUGUAUAUUCAAACAUAGUAGUGUUUGGGCAAUAAAGGCGAUCGAUUUUGGAUAUCGAAAUAUCCGGAUUUAUUUAGUGUACGUUAUUCAAAGCACUUAAAGCGGGUAUAUACGAUUUUUAUGUGUGCUGAAUUGUAAAAUAUUGAUACAAAUAUGUUAUAAUAACACACAAUAUGCAAGAAAAAUGAUACAUCUAAGACGAAUUUCAUAAAAAACAGCAAAUACAAAUUAGCGUCCCGAGCCGAUUGUGACGAAGAUAAUUCGUAAUUAUUUUCCUACAAUAACCGAUGCAUUCGUCUUUUUAGUAAGUGUUCGUGUGUCGUAUGAAUCGAUAUCGCUGCAGGAAUUUCAAAUGAACCGUUAAACUAAAUUUAGAUUCACAUCGUACAUGCAUGAUAUACAUGCUGGCGAAUUCGGCUGUACAGCCUUUUUCGAUUUCAGAAUUAAAUAUCUGGCUUAUUUAGCAUUUUUCGACACAUGUUCUUCUUAACUUUUAUUUUAGUUUAUAUUGAAAUAUAUGUAUAAUAAGUUUUUACACAUUUUAUAUUAAUAAAUAAAUAUUUGACAAGAUCGUA